UCAGAAUAUGGAUGAUUACCGUGUAUUCACUUGUCAAUCCUGUAACUUUGUGAGUGAAGCUCCCGAAUCGGACGGAUUCUUCUUCUGCAGUAACUGCGGAGAACAAAAUCUAGAAGCUCUCGACACUGGUGCCGAAGAGGAAGCCGCCGGUGGUAUCUACUUGGCCAGUCACCAACGCCGGGCAUCUGCUCAUUCCGAAGCAAUUCAUGUUCUACCCAUCUCACAGUAUGAUCCGUUGUCCCAAUCCACUUUACUUUCGAGCCUACGGUUAAUUGAUCCCCCGGUUAAAGUAAAACAAGAGAAUGUUGACCCAUCUCAGUCCCACUUUGAUGAGGCUAGUCCCUCAACUCCGGCUGAUUUCGGAGGAACGAGUGUUCCGAACUCUGAAGAUUACCACAACGAGAUAAGGUUGCGGUAUGUUUUGGGGUUACAAAUCAUGAUUGAGCUUCAAUGUGAAGCUCUGGUGAAAGAGUUUAAGGUUACCCCUUUAGUAUGUGGCUUGGUUGGACCAAUUUGGUUGAGAUUUGUCUCCAAGACUGGUGUUUUCGACGAUGACUGGGCUAAUAAAGUACUUGAUGACUCUGAGAGGCAGAAAGAAGGAGAACCCGAAGAAUAUAACUCACGCGGUAAAUAUAAAUCAGAACCUCACAAUAUAUUUGGUCAGCGAGCUGUGUUUUUAUGGUUUAGGUCUUUAAAGAAUAGGAUUCCACUAGUUAGCACUGUUGUUGUUUCAUAUUUGGCAUGUCAUAUUGCCAGGGAAGCCAUCAUGCCAUCAGACAUGAUUAAAUGGACACGUGAAGGGAAGCUUCCGUAUUUAUCUGCUUUUGUUGAAAUUAAUAAGCGCAUGGGAAAUCCAUCAAGUGCGUGUCCUAUCAGUUCAAGUUAUAUGUUCAGGCCUCACCGAGCUUUUUCGGUACAUAAACUAGAGUCAUAUGCUUCAUCAAUUGCUCAGUUUAUAGGCUUGGAGUUACCUCCUGUUAACUUUUAUGCAUUAGCUUAUCGUUAUCUUGAAAAAUUAUCUCUUCCUGUUGAAAAGAUUCUUCCGUAUGCAUGCCGCAUUUAUGAAUGGUCGAUGCCUCCAGAUUCGUGGUUAUCGUUAUCCAAGGAUUAUUUUCGGCUACCUACUCAUGUUUGUGUUGUAUCGGUUCUGGUGGUAGCAAUAAGGAUUUUGUAUAACAUUAAUGGUUAUGGAGAGUGGGAGAAAAGUUUAUCUCAUAAUGAUAUUGCCAAAGAUUCAGCUAAAAAUCCAGCAGACCAUCAAAAACAUAAUUUAGAUUGUGGUAGGCUUCUCCGACACCUUCACGCAAUAUAUAAUGAAAUUGCAGACACACAUGCAUAUUCCAAGGACUUACCUGCAUAUCUCAAAUACUGUAAGGAUGUUGUGUUUGCUGGAGCAGAACCAUCCUUAGGGAAUCAUGAAGAGAAAAAUAUGAUUGAAAACCUAUGGGAACACUAUCAGAAUGAAGAGAAAACUAAAUCAUCACAACCUGGAGAGCAAGACAAUUCUUCUUUUAAUGGCGUGGGGUCGAGAAAUGAAGGAUGUGUCAAAGAGACAUCUAAAAAUGAAAAGAAAAGAGAAUGUUCCAACGAUCCCUCUCAUGACAAUGGCGGUUGCGUUGCAGAUGACAACUUGCCCGGAAGUUUAAGUGAUAAUAAUUCCUCCAAGAGUUUGCCAGACGGAGAAGCCAUUAUUAGACAGUUGAAAUUAGACAUGGAGGAAAACCGAUUUUGUUACAUUCCACCCAAUGUCAAGCCGACAAAACUUGAUUAUGUUCACUAUGUUCGAAAGAAGGAUAAAGGUGCCCUGUCCUAUGUUGCUCAUGCUGAUUAUUACAUUUUGCUUAGGGCUUUUGCUAGAGUUGCAUAUGAUAAUGACAUUCGGAUUUUGCAUAUUGGUGUUUUGAGCCUUGAAAGAAGACUUGCUUGGCUAGAGAAAAAGAUUGGUCAUUGCUUGCAUUUGAAACCUCCUAAUAGUUCUUGUCAAUAUUGUACUCUUAGGCCAACUGAAAAUGGAACAGAUGAUGGAUCUGAACACAAAACUUGAACAUUUAAAAAUAAAUAUUGUGCUUUAAUA